UGCAUACCUAUUACACGUUUCUGCCUCGAACCACCAGGAUGCGAAAACUCUAUUGCGCGUACCAGUCGGUGCCGCGUUCGGUAUGCCAAUAGCGUCGCGUAUAAUGUGACUCAGUUCACAGUUGCGUGCCAGACGCAGAAUCUGCUGUGAGUACCUCACGGCCGCCGAUAGAUAUAAAUAUAUCAGCUUAGGGCGAUGCCUCACCACCAAAGUCGUAUGUUCCAUUUGAGAUCUCUUUCCUCGAGGCGUUGCUCACAGUACGCAUACUAUAUCUUGCCCAUCGUGUCAAUCUUCACUUUGCAACCCCAUGUUAUAGCUGCUCAGUGCUCACCAGGAUGGACCUUCUUGCCGAGCUCGAGGCGAUGGCCCUGAACAUUGCGGACUUUUCAGACGAUGAUACCAUUACCGACGAAGAUGUGGAGCGGUGGCAACUUUUGUUUGGGUAUAAGCAUGCCAAAGCUGUUCGACGGCUCGAAGAAUACCGAACCGAUUACUCUCGCAGAAGUGUUCCAGAUGAUCUUUGGGCCACAGUCUGCUCACAAAAAGAAGCCGAAGGAUAUGACCGCGAGGCAUAUGAAUACUCGCUGACGCUUCAAAGUCAGUCAGUGGUCUGCGACGCCCACAUUUCACCAGACCUACGUGAAGGAGCAGCAUCGGGCAUGUUCAUCAUGAAAUUGGAGGACCCUUUCGAGACCCCCGAGAAGAUUCAGCUCGCCGCGGGGCUGGAUCACACUCCAGAAUGCGUAGCUGGAGAAGGGGAGGUCGGUGUGGCGGAAUUUUGUCGAAUCGAUUACCAUGCAAGAUCGCGGCUGAUGGCGUGGAUUGCUGAGCAUCAACCCGGCGUCCAGCCCACUAUUGUCCGAUUGGCAAGCCCAGCAAAAAAGAACCUCAGCUCUUCCACCAUGGCACCAUUUCUGGGCCAGAACCCUGCGACCACUGUCCCUUGUCCUAGGGAAAGCACCAAUUUCGAAACCUCCUUGUCAUCUAUGUCAGUACCUACGCAGAACCAAUACCCGGUGUGGUAUUUCUUUUAUGGGACAUUGGCAGAACCCGAAGUUCUGACUCGGCAACUUGGGCUAACCGUGGAACCGGAUCUCAUCCCUGCCCACGUUGAAGGAGGCCGUCUUCGGAGAUGGGGUGGGAGGUACAAGGCGUUGGUUGAUGGGACGGCAGAAUCGAAAGUGUUUGGCAGUGCAUUUCUGGUCGGGUCAGCCGACCACGAGAAUGCACUGCGCUUCUACGAAACAGACAAAUACGAAGUUGUCAGAUGCAGCAUAAUAACCGCAGACGAGACGAUACAGGGUCUGACCUUCCGAUUUGCCGGUCCCAAGGAGGCACUGGAGGACGAAAUUCAUCAAGACAGUUGAUGUCUAUGUGUAUUGUGCGGAACUACCUCGGAUCUUUGAAGCUAUGACGAGGGUGCCCCCGGAUGGCUCCUUAACCCUCAAGGGAACCUUGGAAGCGUGAAGGCGCUCCAGUGUAUCGAUGUCUCGGCACGUACGACGCCCGGCGCACGACGAGACUCGAUGCUGCAUACCCCCCUGGUCUGCAUGGGUUGAAAUUCCAUGCGCGGUAUUUGUCGGGGCACACAUAGUGGAUGAUGGAUUCGCGAGAGGCAUUGUCAAUGUGAUCGAAGGCACAGACAAGCCCGCGAAGAGGACCAUAUCUUGCCAGAGGAGCCGAGACCAUUGUGUCCCUGGCGAUAUUCGUUCGGCAGAACCCUUGGACGUUGUCCCGCCGUGGGGGAGGGGCGCAGCGCGCCGUCGCGGGCCCCCCAAAAGAAACGGCCUUGGCCCUGGAUCUCAGUUGGGCGUCGGAGUAGGAGCCGGUCGCCAGCUAGAUGUGUAUGUGAAAGCCGCAGGAUGCAUCCUCUCGGAACUCAAAAUUUUCACUCAGAGCGGCCCAGAACUUGCCGAUGGUCGGCACAUAACCGUCAUCGGCUGAUAUUACCGGCGAGACUAUCUCGACCGGGUCUGAUGAGAUGUUAGUCCACAUGUAGCUCGAAGCAGUUCCACAGCGUUGACUUACAGAAACCGUCCCGAAUAUGCUUUUUGGGAACGGACCCAUCCAGGGUCGCGUUCCAUUGGUUAUAAUGUGGACCUUCUUCCGAACCUUAGGCGUAUACACCACAGGGGAGACCGGCCUUCGACAAGACAUCGGCAAUGACGCCGAGAAGCUGCAAAUUGAAGUCGAGGGUUACUCGUGUUGGUGCAUCUGGCUCUGGGCAUUCAAGCGCCCUUGGCCGCGAAAUCAGCUCGAACUCCGCACCAAUGCUGAACCACAGGUACGCCCGCGGGUUGGGGCCGAUAUUGACGGCGGGUUUGGGCGGAUGUUAUAAUGGGAGGGAUCUGUGAUGAUAUUUUCCCGGCGGCCAUGUACAGACCGACUUGUGCCGGCACCUGUCGGCGGGUCGGAGCGCACGCCAGGCCGACGGGACGCUCUAGGCGAUUGGGAACGGCAGUGAUUGUGGGGAAAAAAAGGGGUUUUGAACAUUAAUAUACCUCCAAGUGAUCUUGGGAAGGAGCGUAAGUUAGGUCGAGGAAGGUUGGAUUGGGUAAGGCAGGGUGCAGAAAGGAAGAAAUAGGAAGAAACAAAAUGAAACCGAGGAGUUCAGUCACCAAUAUAGCCACUGCACCAAUCCGGCGACAAUAUACUGUAGGAACGCACCUUGCACAACUCGGUCUUUACCUAAUUCCAGCGA